UGGCGGGUGACUUGCUGGUGUCCCGCCCCUCCUCUCCUUGCCCGCUGUCCUGAUCACACCGAGCGUACCCGGGUGCACUGCCAGUGUGUGCUUGGUGCCGGCUAGACUCAUGGCUCUGCCGCUGAGGUUCGACGGGCGUGUGGUCCUGGUCACCGGCGCCGGGGGAGGACUGGGCCGAGCUUAUGCCCUGGCUUUUGCAGAAAGAGGAGCGUUUGUGGUUGUGAAUGACUUAGGCGGAGACUUCAAGGGAGUCGGUAAAGGCUCCUCAGCCGCAGACAAAGUCGUGGAAGAAGUAAGAAGGAGAGGUGGGAAGGCAGUGGCCAGUUACGAUUCGGUUGAAGAAGGAGAGAAGCUCGUGAAGACAGCACUGGAUGCUUUCGGCAGAAUAGGUGAGCUUUCCUGGCUUGUGUGGUUUCUAUAAGUUCCAUUUCUGUUGUGAUGGUUAAAAACUGCCAGGAAAAACAACU